AUGGUUUUGGAUUUCGACACAGGGUUUAUUGGACAAGACUUCUUUGAAAUUGUUGAUUUGUGUUUUUUAGCCCUUCGUCUGCCAAAGGAGGGAGCAGGAGAAAUACCCAAAGCAGAUUUUCUGCAAUUGCAGAAACCUCAAAAUAGAAAUUGGAAUCAGAAUCGUAAUCGUAAUUUCAAUCAAGUCAGAAGAAAUAGAAAUCGAAGACACAGAAAUCUGGGUGGCAAACGAUUGAAACCGGUAUUUGGAGGAAAAAACAAUAAUGAACAAGGAGCAAAUAAUAAAACGCCCAGGAAUCAUGGAGGUCCUGGUAGAAAUAGUCAUAUGAGAUACCAUAAGCAUGAUGACGAUGAUGAUGAGUAUGAUGAAUAUGAUGAAGAUGAAUAUUAUGAUGAUGAGGAUGAGAAUGAAGAUGAAAAUGAAAAUGAUGACGAAGAUAAGGACAAGGAUAAAACUGAACAUGAGACUCCAGACAAAACAAAUGCCCAGGAAGACAAGGAGAAGAAAUUAGAGUCAGAGGAUGACAAAGACAAGCCAAAGACUAAAAAAGAUGGUCACGAUAAGGAGGAAAACAAAGAUGAAGUUGGUCUAAAAAAGGAUAUCAAUUCAAAGAAUCACAACAAAAAUGAGAGUGGCGAGGACGAUGAAUAUGAUGAUGAUGACUACGAUUCCCUGUACUCUGCUGAUGCUUUGAAUAAUACCAAAAAGGCCCAGGUUGAAUUGGUCUUCUUCAAUCGUGUACCCAAAGUGGGCAGUCAAUCAUUAAUGGAACUCAUGGCUCGCCUGGGCAAUGUCCAUAACUUUCUCCAUUCUCGUGAUCAGGGUAAGGCUCAUGAGACUAUAUUUCUUAAGCCGCCUCAGCAAAAGGCUUUCCUAAAGGAGCUUUAUAGCAAAUCGCGACCUCGGGUCUAUAGUCAACACAUAGCCUACAUCAACUUUACCCAUCAUCAUCAGCCCCGCCCCAUCUACAUAAAUCUCGUAAGAGAUCCCAUUGAACGUAUACGCUCCUGGCAUUAUUAUGUGCGUGCCGAAUGGUACUACAAAGACUUACAAGCCAAACUGGGAGAUAAAGCCCCUAAAAUGCCACCUAAACAAUUUAUGGAAAUGGAUUUGGACACGUGUGUGAAGACCGGCGACAUUCACUGUCAAUUCAACCAAAUGGAAAUUAAAAAUCCCGCAGGAGAUCAUAGGCGACAAACAUUAUUCUUUUGUGGGCAAAAUCGACAAUUGUGCAUGCCCUUCAAUUCCAGAGCGGCCAUGCAAAAGGCUAAACGUACUGUAGAAGAGGAAUAUGCUGUGGUGGGCACUUGGGAGGAUACCAACAUAACUUUAUCGGUUUUAGAGCACUACAUACCACGAUUCUUCGGCAAUGCCAAGACCAUUUAUUAUGAGGGCAAGGAUGGUUUGGGUAGUGUCAAUAAAAACAAUGUCACCCGUCCCAUUAGUGAGGAAACCCGCAUGAUCUUAAGUAAAAAUCUUACACAUGAAAUUGAAUUCUAUGAGUUCUGUAAACAGCGUCUGUAUUUGCAAUACAACGCCAUCACAGAUGGUAAAUCUCUGGACAAUGAUGAUUAUCUCUUAAUACCAGAUAGCAGUGAAGAUUCAGAAGAGGAGAACCAAUUUAAAAAAUAG